AUGGCAUUCCCUAUCGCAGACACUCUGGAGGCACUCUCCAAGACGCUGGCCAAGACCGCCCAAGAUCUCAGAUCAGGCAGUCUCUCUCUUGAGAGUGACACCUUGCAACGGAUGGGCUUGCUCAAAGCCGGCAGUGACCUAAUCGAUGCUGUCAGCCUCCCCCAGGACAAGAUCGUGGUAUUUCUACCACUGAUUGCCCAUCUCACUGCCGUCCGCCUGUUCGUCAAGUGGAAAGCAUUUGAGGAAAUCCCCAUUGACAAUGGAGCGACCAUUUCGUACACAGACUUGGCCGCAAAGCUGGGUGCCAACGUGUCGCUCAUCACACGUUUCGCCCGAGUUCUCGUGGCAAACGGCACUCUUAAGCAGGUCGGAAGUGACUCGGUCGCCCACACAGCCUUCUCCAAGAUCCUCACCACCCCCAACCCCAUCUGGGCCAUGAUGCAGCUCGGAUUUGACAGCCAGUUCACCGCGUGGGUAUCCAUGCCCAAGUACUUCGACCAGUACGGCAUCGCGGAGGAGCCCAAAGACCGCCUACAGACGAUCCUGGCCUUCGCCGAGGGCCGUCUCGGCUCCACCGUCUGGGACAUCCACCACUCCUCCGAGGAGCGCCUCAAGAUUUUCAUGCUCGCCAUGGGCGUCAUCGAGGAGCAGAUGCCCGCGCUGGGCGCCUACGACCUUAGCUGGGCCGUGCAGGAGGUCGGCAAGUCCACCGACCGGCCGCUGGUCGUCGACGUCGGUGGUGGCAGGGGACAGGCGCUCAAGGGUAUCUGGAAGGCGACCCCCGGUAUCCCCAGCAACCGGUGCGUGCUGGAGGAUCUGCCCGAGGUGGUGGAGGCUGCGAAGCGGGAGGAUCCUGCGAUGGCUGAUGUGCAGACGGUUGCUGUCGACUUUUUCGAGGAGCAGCCCGUCAAAGGGGCCCUGGUUUACUACAUUCGCCGGUGCCUACACGACUAUUCGGAUGAGGAAGCUGUGGUGAUUUUGAAGCAUAUCUCGAGUGCUAUGGUGGCCGACAGCAGGCUGCUCAUCGUCGAGACGUUGCUCGGCGACCAGCCAUCGGCGUUCCAAGCGGCGAUGGAUCUUUCGAUGUUGACCAUCUCGGGCAAGGAGAGAACGCGGGCGGACUUCGAAGGUAUUACCGGGCAGGCGGCGCUCAAGAUCACCAAGAUCUCUCAAAUCCCCAAUGGCAGCGCAGUUAUCGAGUGUGCCUUGGCUUGA